CUUCGGUCACUGUUGCUAUGGUUACUGGUAAGGAAUGCGGGCUUGCACGUUCAUACAGACAGAAUUCCAAACGCAACUUUAAGCUGCUGUGUGAACGGGACAUUUCGAGACUCACACCUGUCGUAAUGUGUACAACAAACUAUCUACGAUAACAAGACUUUUCUUCUGCUAGAAUCACGGAUAAAUCUGGAUCAGCUGUGGGUUAAUUUGGUGUCUACAAGAAAGCAGAAUGUCUAAUAACAUGGCCAAGAUUGCAGAUGCACGAAAAACAGUGGAACAACUGAAAUUGGAGGUUAAUAUUGACAGGAUGAUGGUAUCUAAAGCAGCAGCUGAGCUGAUGGCUUACUGUGAGUCCCAUGCAAAAGAGGACCCCCUGGUGACCCCCGUACCAUCCUCAGAAAACCCCUUCAGAGAGAAAAAGAUAUUCUGUACAAUUUUGUAGAUGCUAUUUAUAGGCUACAAGGUUUAUUGUUUUAUUUUCAAGAUAUCCCCAAGACCUUAAAGGGAUAGUACACCCAAAAAUUACAAAUCUGUCAUUAGGUUAAUUACUCACCCUCAUGACAUUCCAAACCCGUAAGACCUUCGUUCUUCUUAGGAACGCAAAUUAAGAUAUUUUUGAUGAAAUUCGAGAGCUUUCUGACCCGGCAUAGAGAGCAAUGUAACUCAAAUGACCCAGACCCAGAGACGCAGAGUAAUAACAUCAUUAAAAUAGUCCAUGUGACAUCGGUGGUUGAACUGUAAUUUUACGAAGCUACGAGAAUACUUUUUGUGUGCAAAAA